UGCACGGAGCCGGGGCAGCGACAAACAGGAAGAGCAACAGGGACACGGUGGGAGGCAGUGAGCAUCGACGGGCAUCGCAGCAGGAUGUGCAGCGCCCCAAGGGCAGCCCCUGCGGUACCUGAGCUGCUGCCUCAGUAAAACGCCCCCCAGACGUUCCCUGACCCGCAGACAGGGGUGCGAUGGCACCCGCGUGGCUGCUGAGCACGAUGAUAUGGGAACAAAGCGGCAUUUCGCUCCCUUUGGGUGGGUGCGGUGUGGGAUGGGGGAUGCGGUGAGGCGGCAAUGGUCGGGGCCGCGCCGCGGCUCCCCGUGGGGCGGGUGGGGGGUCACCGCGUGCCAAGAGGACGCACUGAAACCCACCGUGCAGCUCCCUCCCGUCUCUCCACGUUGGGCCGCAGAUGGGCACGGAGGGCCCCGAGCUGCGAUGCCCUCGGAGGAGCGCCGGGAUCGGGGGGCAGCAGCGCCGUGCCCACACGAGGGGGCUUUGGUGGGGAGCGGGGCCGCGGGCUGCCGUUAGAGCCGAGCUGCGGCGAUGUGGCCGGUAUGCGUGUGGGCGGCAGGCAGGGUGGGGGAGAAGGAGGGAGAGGAAGCGGCAGAGGCAACAGCUCCUUUGAUAAGCAGCUUCCUGAACACUUUCAAAGCCCCGGGUUCAGACCGACGUGCACAGCGCCCGCGGCCCCGUGCAGGGACGGACGGAGCCCACACCUCAGGGCGGUAGCCGCUUCUCCUCUGAUGGCAACUCCUUCCCUCGGGAGCUGAGGCCCCCCCACUCCCACUCCUCGUGCUUCAGGGCGAGCGCUUCGUGGCUGCCGCAGCAUGGUCCAAGCCUGCUCAGUGUGCCACAGAGCUCAUAACAGCAGCCUGACAGCCCGGGUGGCCACCAAAGCCAUGGACAAGGCAGACAAGCCCAGUCCCUCCACAAAGAAGCACGUGCGGCUCCAAGAGAGGAGGGGCUCCAACGUGUCGCUGGUGCUGGACAUGAGCUCGCUGGGCAGCGUGGAGCCCAUCCAGCCCGUAUGCACCCCGCGGGACGUCACGCUGCAGUUCCUGAGGACAUCCAGCCACGUGCUGAGGACGGAGGAGCUUCAGCAGCGCGCCCAGAGCCUGGCACAGCUCCAGGAGGAGUUCUCGAAAAUCCCUCCCAACUUCAUCAGUCCGGAGGAGCUGGAGAUCCCUGGCCGUGCCUCCAAGGACAGAUACAAAACCAUCCUCCCCAACCCCGAGAGCCGGGUGUGCCUCAGGAGAGCAGGGAGCCAGGAGGAAGACGGCUACAUCAAUGCCAACUACAUCACGCAGGGCUAUGCAGGACGUCCCCGGGAGUACAUUGCCACCCAGGGGCCCAUGCUGAACACCGUGACUGAUUUCUGGGAGAUGGUGUGGCAGGAGGAAGCACCCAUCAUCGUCAUGAUAACCAAGCUCCAGGAGCGCAAGGAGAAAUGUGUCCACUACUGGCCUGAGAAGGAGGGCACCUACGGCCCCUUCACCAUCCGUGUGCAGGGCAUUAGCGAGUGUGCAGAGUACGUGGUCCGCAGUCUCUCCAUCCAGCUGGAAGGUGAAUGCCGCCACGUCAAACACAUCCUCUUCCCUUCCUGGCCAGACCAGCAGACACCUGAGUCAGCCAAGCCCCUGCUGCACUUGGUGUCCAAAGUGGAGGAGAUUCUGCAGGCUGCAGCCAGCCCAGGGCCCAUCGUUGUGCACUGCAGCGCAGGCAUCGGUCGGACGGGCUGCUUCAUUGCUACCAGGAUUGGGUGCCAGCAGCUGAAAGACAAGGGAGAUGUGGACAUCCUGGGAAUCGUGUGCCGCCUGCGCAUUGACAGAGGCGGGAUGAUCCAGACCAGUGAGCAGUACCAGUUUCUCCAUCACACACUAGCCCUGUAUGCUUCCCAGCUGCCAGAAGCAGGGGGCCGUUAGCACCGGGCUCCACCAUCGCUGCCUCGCUCUGAACCCCCCCAGUGCCAAACCUGGGGACAACUCUGCUGAAUCUGCUCCUGCUGCACCGGCCAUGAGCCUGAGCCUCCCACAGGCUGAGCAGAGCCAUCGGGAUUGUGGCCCCACAAGCAGGGUUUGGGGUUUCACAAGGCAUGCGGCAGGACGCACCGUGCAGAAGAGCAAGCUGCACACAGGGACUGAUGCUGAGCGACCUGCCUGCUAGAAAUAAACAGAGCUUCUCCUCCAGCUGCACAUCAUCUGCGGGCAGAAGUUGGGACACGCAGGGCUCACUCCUUUGCACACACUUCGAUGCUCUUCUUGCUAAAGACACGCCUGGAGCUCUUAGUCCAAAGCUGCACUGCUGGUUGCCCUCGUUACAUGGCCUGCUUUCCUCUCUGCCUUCUGCCAUUGCCUUCCCACCUGCCUUAAAGUAGGGGAUACUCCUAAGUGUGUCUGCACUUUUGCAAGCACUCUGCUCCGAAUUGUAACCCAGCCUCAUUACACGAGGGGGGUGUUUGUGUUCUUGGGUUGUGGUUUUUUUUGUUGGAAUCAGAGCAAAAUAAUACACCCGUUUUGUUUCUUUUUCACUGUGUAAAUAGAAAAGUUUCAUCUUUAA